AUGCCUAAGCAUGCUUGCGCCUGCAAUUCAGACACCGCUGGAACUCUUCGUUUUCAUGAARACCACAUCCAGUUCUGUAAUGGAAAAGAGUAUCUCAGUCUGGCUAUCCAKAGCAAUGUGGGAAGUCRAGACCAUCCAGCGAAAUCGUGCAAGGAUAUMUUUGACAGAAACAGAGAUGCAAAGAAUGGUGAAUACUACCUUAGACUUGGUGGUAAAGUCGUCAAGACAUAUUGUGUCAUGGACCUUAUUUGUGGAUCCCGAGGUUGGGCUAUGAUCAUGAAAAUCGACGGAAGGAAGAGCACUUUCCGAUACAAUUCACACUACUGGACCAACAAAGCAACGUACAAUACUGCUGCUGCAGCCAGCGGACUCAGUGAACAAGAGACAAAACUGGAAACCUAUUCAGAWUUACCAUUCAAUGCUCUUUGCUUGGGAAUGAAGACUGGAAACACAAUKAGAUGGCUGAAGCUUCCCCAGAAAGCUUCAUCUUUGUACUCACUUAUUGCGGACAAUCGGCAACGAUCCACAGGCUUAGGGCGCAAUGCAUGGAAAUCCUUGGUUCCCGGCUCAUCACUCCAGCGUAAUUGUAACCGUGAGGGAUUCAACGUGAGAAACCAUGAUCACUCUAUGGCAAGAAUCGGAAUUAUUUCAAACCAAGAGAACAACUGCAACUCCCCCGAUUCACGUAUUGGAUUUGGGACCGGCGGUCAUUACUGUGGGCAAGACAGAAGCAACAGCGUUGGAAAUGAAGCCCGAUGCAGUCCAGAUAACGGCGACAAAAGUAUCAAGAGUUUUGGCUUCAUAUUAUCUCAGUAGAUCAGGAUAAUUUAGAAAACAAACUGACCAAAAGAUGUCAUCAUUCAGUAGUUACGAUGUGAUUUACACUCAAUAAAGCAUUAUAAAAUUCAA